CGUUCAGAGAAGUGCAAUCUUGGAGCCCUGCGAAUACUGUACAGGCCCGAUCGAAGAAGGAAGGAAAUAUUAACAAUACAUCAACAUCAGUCAAGAAAUACAUUUCGCAAAUAAAUGGGCAUCAAGGCAGAUCUACUUCUUCGAUUGUAUCUUCUCCAGCAAGUUCGAGAGGUGCCGAUGUGAUCGUGUGCUCUGUCGGAACUCUUUCCGUCGCGUUAAACGAAGCGGUCGCAGGACAGGUGAUACUCGCAUUCCAACUGCAUGAUCUUGAAAUCGAUGGGGUCCAACCUAUCCAUGAUGGGUUCUGAUAGCAAGACCGGGGGCCAGCCCUUGAUAAGCGAGGGAAUCAUGAUGACGCCGUUCCGCUGACGCAGAUUGCGGUGAUGAUGCGUUGGAGGUGUGAAUUUGCAUGCGCCAUCUGCUGCGGUUUUCGUGUGGCCUUCGUUGUCAUCUCCAUUAACGACGACCUCGUUGUGCUCUUUCGGAACAUCAUCUUGGACACGUUCGUAGUCACAUUCUCUGACGCCUUCAUCGACGCCUUCGUUGUCGUUGACCGUGAAAAUUUCCUCAACGACCGCGCUGUCGUGUACCGUAACGUUGUCCUCGACUCCUUCGUUGUCGACCUUUGGGAAGUCUUCUUCGCCGCUCUCGUCGUCUUCCAUAAAAUCUUCCUCCAAGCGGACGUUGUCGUCUUCUGUGCCACUUUCUUUCACGUCUUCGUUCUCUCCCGCGAAUUGUUCCUCGACGCCUCCAUUGUCGUCCUCUGCGAGUUCGUUGUUGCCUACUGUGGCACCUUCCUUGACGCCUUCGUCAUCUUUUGUUAUGAAACCUUCCUCGACGCCUUGUUUGUCGUACACCAAGACGUCAUCCGUGAGACCUUCCACGAAGCCUUCGUCGUCGUCGUUUUCUGUGUCAUCUUCCUUGACACCCUCGUCGUAUUUCUCCUUGACAGAUUUCUGGUCGCUUUCCUUGUGGUCUUUCGUCUGGCUUUCCUUGAAAUCGUCUUCUUGUUUGUCUUCCUUGCUGAUUUCCUGUUCGUGUUCUCGGUCAUUUUCCACGACAUGUUCUUUGUCUUUCGUCGAUGUCUUGGUAAUCUUUGAUGCCUUACUUCUGACAUCCCUAGGUGGUGGCUCGUGCUCUUGUUCGUGUUCUCGGUCGUUUUCCAUGACAUUUUCUUUGUCUUUCUUUGAUGUCUUGGUAGCCUUGUUUCUGACAUCCCUAUGGGGCGGCCCGUG